AUGUCCCGCACCAGCCAGCCUAAGAAGGGCAGUCGAGGGAGCACGAAUCUCUCUCGAAGAGAUCCGCUCGCCUCCCUCAAGAUGACUGAUAUGGUGAUCUCGAAGCCCUAUCUACCACUGGAAGUCCUUUCGGUAGUAGUCGAGUACCUCAGUGUCCCCGACCUGCUUCGCUUCGCACGGGUGUCGCGCCGAAUGCAAGAGAUGGUUUACGACGACACCAGGUGGAUCUCGAGACUGAAAAGUAUGGACUGCUGGGAUGAGAGGGAGGCACGGCAACGAGCAGAUAGUUCGCGGUCCAGCGAUUUACAGGCCCCGCAGGCUCGGAGACGAAGCAUAAUAGAUCAGUCGAUCGUGAACGGUAAAGGCAGACCCAAUAUCCGUGUGUCUGGAGACGGGUUUGACGCCGUGGAACUUUCCUCGCCCACGCCGAAGACGCCCGCGCCGGUGCUUGAACUCGAUCCGCGCUCUGCACUCACUGUGUUCGACAGGGUUAGAUCUGUGCGCGGAAUGGCAAGGCACGAGUACGGGAAAAUUUACCGAGCCCUAGGUCGGUACUACCAGAACGCCAUCAGCGGCGUGAGGCCUAUGGAGGCUCUUGUCUUCAAGACUUACACGUUGCCCGAGGAACAAGCCAAGAUGCUAUCCCACGUCCGCAGGUUCGCCAGCAGCGAUUUCUCGCCUGGAGCUGAGGAGCGAGGCCAACAGAUCCAGGAGAUUGUCAAUGUCUUCGAUACGGCUGCAUUACUUGAAUUCCGCCAAGGGUACGAAUAUCGCGAUAUACAGGGCCGAAUGAAGCAGUAUGCGCACGUGAUGUUCAUUCUGAACGGCAGCAGUAGUGCGGUGGAACUCUUUUUGAAUGACAAUCGACUGAUGCAGAAGAAGGCGGAGCUGGGCAAUGCAUCCGACUGCGUUGACUACUCGUUGGGGUGGGGACAACUUUCUCUCGAAAAGGUGCAAGCAUACUUCGAGCGAUUGGCGGCAGCGUUUGCUGAGGAGGCCGCCGUUGUCAGAGCCGUCUUCCCGAAUGCCGAUGAGGUUCUGCUACAUCUACUAGACAGAACGGGCCAAGAGAUACUGUCCCCGUUCUUGACUUCACUGUUCGAGGAUGCCCGUGGGAGAAGCACAUCCGUCUACCUCAAAACGAUAUCAGGCACCUUCGCUGCCACGAGACAGUUGAUCGCGGAAUGUGGCGUCACCGCUGAAUCGAGUGAUGAGGCUCAAACACGAGCCAAUGCCGUUAUCGCACAGAUAUACGGUCCUCACCUGGAUAGCUACCUCGCUGAGGAGCUCGAGAACUUUAAACAUAAAGCUGACCAAGAGGUCGCUCAAUGGACACAAGCGCUACGCGACCAGGCCGAAUCUACCGAGACCUUCCUCAUGUCCAAUGUUAAUCGGCAAGCUGACAAGAAGGACUUUAUGUCCUCAUUCAAGAAGGUGGUCAUGAUGCCCGUCAACCUCCUGCCCAGCUUUUCCUCUGCUCCAUCCUCCAAGACCACUACCGCUCGCGCCCUCGUCAAUGGCGAUCACCCCUCCCGGUCCUCCACCCCAAAUCCGCUCACACAGCACCGCAGCGCCACUCCAUCCCUACCUCUGGAAGCGCCCACCACUGAACUUGCCGCCAAAGCCGCGUUGAUGAACACCCGCUUGGAAGGCAUUCGCUCACUCUUCUCCAUCGAAGUCGCCCUCAACCUCGUCCACGCCGCCAAAUCGAACCUAGAACGCGCCUCACAGUUCAUCGCAUUAGGCGACGCGCACGGCGCCGCAGCGCGCACCACCUGCAGCGACAUCUUCCGCUACCUGCUCUCCGCACUCGGCGAGCGACACGUCCGCGCUGGCUUCGACACCGCCAUCGAGCACCUAUCGCACUUCCAAUCCCGCAACCCGACCUCCGCUAGCACCGACACGCCCACCAGCACCACAGCCCAAGUAGCGCCCCUCACCACCUUCCUCGAGCUCGUCAACGUCGGCGACCUCAUCCAGCAAAUGAUCGCCGUCUUCUACGAAUCCGAACUGAUCCGCCUACGCAUCGUGCGGCGCGACGACCAACUCGACCCGGCCCACAAGGAAAAGCGCAAGUUCGAAGCCAUGCUGGACGAGCGCGUCGCCUCCGGCCUAGGCAAGGGCAUUGACGUCCUCAUCGAGGAAGUCGAGUACAUCUGCGCCACCACACAGUUACCCACCGACUUCUGUCCCGAGGGCAACGUCGUGGUGGACGUGGGCCCCACCGCCACGGCGAGAAAGGUCAUCGACGUCGUGGGUGGGCACACGGGCAUGCUGCACGGCGCGACGGAGAAGACGCUGCUCGACGUCUUCGUCGGCGAGGUGGGCCUGCGCCUGUUCGGCGCGCUGUGCAAGCACAUCAAGCGCCAGCGCAUCAGCACCGCGGGCGCCAUCCCCUUGAUCAGCGACAUGUCCGCCUACGCCAGCUACAUCGCCAGCUACAAGAACGCGGAGCUGAACAAUUACUUUGUCGCGCUGAGGGAGGUCGCGCAGCUGUAUCUGCUGGAGGCGGGCACGGAUGGCGAGGUCAAGGAGAUGGCGGGCGUUAUCAGUGAUGGUGAGAGGUUCCGUGGCGUGUUUGGCGUCGAGGAGGUGGUCGAAUUUGCCGAGAGGAGGGCUGACUGGUUGCUGAUUCGCGGGAGGGUCGAGAGGAGGGUCCAGGGGGAUAGUUGUGCGGUCAUGUGA